AUGGAUGGACUUCACAUCACUGUGGUGAUUCUUCUGGGAUUUUCUUCCAGUAGCUAUGGUCAAACUUUUGUGUCAGAAAAGGAGGUGACAGCAAACCCUGGAGACAAUGUAACCCUUCACUGUGAUUGCAAAUUGUCAACAGGUGUACUCACAGUGUGGUUCAGGAACUGUUCCCAUGAGAACCAGCCAACCUUUGUUCUUGAAUAUGAUAAAACAAAUUUUGAUUAUUUAUUUCCCUCUCGAUUUGACUUUGUAAAGAACUUUUCCUCUAACUCUUAUGACCUGCUGAUCACCAAUGUGUCUCAUUCUGAUGAAGGCAUUUACUACUGUGGAAAUCAUCAAAUUAAAGUGGAGCAGAAAGAAAAGAUUACUAGGAAAAACACUUACACAUUCAGCAACAAGACAACGAGACUCACCAUCAAGCCCAGUCGGCUUCAUGUCGACGUAAAUAAGACGCAGCAGCACUGUGAUGUGGACCACCGCGAUGUGGACUGGAAACUCCUCUUCUUUCCGUGCCUGUCUGUGGCUUUUGUUUCUUCUCUCCUCUCCUCUCUUCUGAAAUCUUCUUCUAGUUCCUACGACCUGUUGAUUACAAAUGUCACUGAUUCUGAUAAAAGCUACUACUACUGUAGAACUAAUAAGAAGAAAGAGGGAAAAAAUGGAAAGAGAGACAGGUACAGCAACGUCACAACAAGGCUCACAAUCAGAGUUUUUUCCAGCAGCUUUGGUCAGACUUUUGUGUCAGAAAAGGAGGUGACAGCAAACCCUGGAGACAAUGUAACCCUUCACUGUGAUUGUAAAUUGUCAACAGGUGUACUCACAGUGUGGUUCAGGAACUGUUCCCAUGAGAACCAGCCAACAUUUGUUCUUAGACCUGGAUUUCAUGAGAUAAAUAAUUUCAAUUACCGUCUCUUUCCCUCUCGAUUUGACUUUGUAAAGAACCUUUCCUCUAACUCUUAUGACCUGCUGAUCACAAAUGUCUCUCAUUCUGAUGAAGGCAUUUACUACUGUGGAAAUUCUCAAAUGAAAGUGGAGCAAAAAGAAAAGAUUACUGGGAAAAAUACUUACACAUUCAGCAACAAGACAACGAGACUCACCAUCAGUAAGUACUUUUGUCUAAAUUAA